AUGACAAACAAAUGGCCAUUAUCCAUUUUCAAUAAAAGUAUUAAAGUGAUUAAACCAAAAGUAAUAGCAGCUCAUUUUUCAUUAGUAAUAAGGUAUGUACCGAAAAAUUUUUCAGCUGAUUUCGUAUUUAAUGAAAUUAAGAAAUCAAUUACCAGUGCUCAAGAUUGUAAUCCAAUCGUUUAUGCAUAUGACAGAACAACAACAGACUAUCGGUUUUACGUUAAGGAUUUGGAGGAGUAUUAUGAAACAUUAAAUUUAGGCAAAUUAGCAGUGGGUAAUCGUCUACUACCAGUCACUCCUUAUUUACCCUCAAAUAAACUCACGUAUUGUUCAAAAUGUUACAUAUUAGGGCAUACAGCAUUAAAUUGUAGUAGCCACCAUCCUAAAUGUCGAGUAUGUUUAGGCGAGUUUACUAAUAAUCAUAGAAAUGAAUGUGAAGGUCAGUUUAAAUGUGCGCAGUGUGGGAGUAAUCAUUUCUCAUUGGAUGGAAAUUGUCCUAUGGUGCAAAAACACCGUCAAGAAUUAAAUAAAGAAGUGAAACAAGCCAUCCGAAAUGGUGAUUUAAACUAUAAUACACAUGUAGAACAAAUAAAACAAAUAAAAAAAUCAAAUGAGUAUCAAUAUGAUGUAAAUGCCUUUCCACCAUUGAUUAAAAUGGAUAGAAAUAUUGAAAAUAGGUGGAAUACACAAAAAACAGAUAGUAAUAACAAUACCAAUAAAAAUGAAGUAGCUGAUGUGUUAAAGGAAAUUAAUAAAAAUUUAGAAAUGAUGAACAAGAAAUUAGACGAUCAGAAAAGAACAAUUGGAAGAGGGAGAUUUAGCCUAACUCUACGGAUAUAA